UGGCCGCUGGAGGAGCAUGACUAUCAGAGGUAUAGCAGGCAGAUGAUUGUGCCUAAUUUCGGGCUGCAGGGCCAGCUCCAUGUAAAGCAUGCCAGGGUCCUUGUCGUCGGCGCCGGCGGCUUGGGCUGUCCCGCAGCAGCAUAUCUCGCCGGUGCUGGCGUUGGGACGCUGGGCCUUGUGGAUGGGGAUGCGGUGGAGGUGUCGAACCUUCAUAGGCAGGUGGCGCAUUCGACGGGCAGGGUUGGCAUGAUGAAGGUUGAUAGCGCGGUGGCGUAUCUCAAGGGGCUGAAUCCGACUAUUAUUUACAAUGCUCACGCCACUCAUCUCACGCCGCUGAAUGCCGAGGAAAUCGUCUCGCAGUACGACCUCGUCCUCGACUGCACUGACCAUCCCACCUCGCGAUAUCUCAUCUCUGACAUUUGCGUUCUUCUCUCCAAGCCGCUCGUCUCUGCCUCUGCCUUUCAGACGUCCGGCCAGCUCAUUGUGCUCAACAACCCCCCCGGAAAAGGCCCCUGCUAUCGCUGCGUCUUCCCGAAGCCGCCUCCCCCGGAGAGCGUCGUUGGAUGCGGAGAGGGAGGCAUCAUAGGACCUGUUGUGGGGACCAUGGGCGUGUUGCAAGCGCUUGAGGCGAUCAAACUGAUUGUGAGGGGAGAUCAUCUGAACAAGGGUGGAAUAAAUGGAGAAGUAGAAGACGUGAAGCAGGUUGGCUUGCUGCUUUUCAGUGCCAUGGGUGAUGUG